ACAGCGUGGGUCCUAGAAGCAGGUCCAACGUGACGUAUUUCUCUUCUCGCAUGCCUUUUGGAUUGAAUGUGGCUUGGAGGAAUCGUUUGAGGCACAUAUAAUCCUUGAUUCCAUCUUAAACAUGUUUAAAAUCGAGGGACUUGGGCCGAAGAUGGACCCGGAGGAGAUGAAGAAAAAAAUGCGCGAGGAUGUCAUUACAUCUGUUCGCAACUUUUUGAUUUAUGUUGCGCUUCUGCGAGUCACUCCAUAUGUUUUGAAGAAGCUUGACAGCAUAUGAAACUUCACCAGAUUCAGAAACAUUCCCUGAGAGAAGAGCAUGCAGGACCAGGAUGAUGCUGCACAGCGGUUAAAGAAGAGCUGGUGUAACUUUGUCAUUUAUUUUAUUUAAUACUUUUUACUGGAUGCAGCGGAGUGCUUGAUUUGUUUUCUUCCAAUCUCAAUUGAAAACUAUGGCAAAGCAGAGAUGUCUAACAGAAUGUUAUAACAAUGGUCUAAGCAAUAAAUCUUUCAUCAGUUACUCCCA